AUGAAGGGCGUAACGGCUCCGGAGAAUGUGGAACACGUUGGUGACAUGUCUUUACUUGAGAUGAACGUGGAUAAUGCGUCUUCAUCUUGGACCCUAAUAGAUUGGGAAAAUAUUUGGGUUGUCCUUGGCAUAGGGGUAAGAUGGGUCGUGCCCGACGUUGGGCCGUGCCUGGGCCCAGUCCAGAACAUUUUGUUCACUUCCCUUUUGAACAUUCAUGGCCUCUUCCGCAAUCUUCUCCAAAGGCGAAGGCAUAGAUUACCUACUGUUACUCAACAUGCCACAUGUCUCUCCCCCCAGCUCGGAGGAUCGUACGGAGAUCUUGAAACAACACGUAAAAGCAUUUUGAAGGAUGAUCUCAACAUGUCUGCAACAAUCCUAGCUUUGUGCCUGGUGUUUAAGACUUGGGGGAAACUUUUAUUGGUCGCUAGUUUCUUCCAAUCACAGCUAGCAGCCGUAGAAUCAUCAAAUGGUGCUUCUUUUGCUGGUUCUGAAACUGUAGAAACUCCUGGAAAAGAGAAGGAAAAAGCUUUUGAUUUUAUGAGUAUUUUGCAGAAUUUAAAGCUUACAGUUACCGAAAUGAACUGCUACUGCAAUAACUCCCUUCCACCACCUGCAACGGAUUCAUCGGUCAUCAUCAUUUCGCGAUCGAUUUCAACAACAACGAUUCACGGAAUCGGAAUCGAUAAAGUAGAAGAUGUGUAUCGAAUUAAAAACGAGACGUACCUGAGUUUUGUUCAUCCUAGUCUUUUAUAUUCACAGAAGAAGAGACAAACAAGAAGAAGACUCGGCCGUCUCCGAUACGGAGGAGCGAUUUCUGGCGAAGAUGAAACUUGA